UGUUUGUAUAAUUCGAAAUUUCUCCGUAGUUAAUGACGAAAUGCUUGUCUCGAAAACAUUAAGCGACACGUAAUUUCAUGCAUUUUAAUGGAGGUUAGAAAUAAUUAUAUUGCAGAAACAAAUAAUAUUAAUUUUAAUUUCUUUCGAAUAUUUUAGACAUUCUUAUUUUAUAUCUUACCCAAGAACUUUUGUACGACGAUAACGAAGCAACUAAUAUAUAUCACAUAUUUUCUAUGGCGACAUUUUUUGUAAGCCUGUUAGGUGGAACACUGGCUGACACUGUGAUAGGAAAAUUCAGAACAAUAAGUUACAUGUUAAUUUUAACUUUAUUUGGAUGCGUAAUCCUCACUAUGGCUUCUGUCCCAAAUUUUCUUCCAAUGAGAUUGACGACUAUGGUUAGUUUAGUAGUAAUAAGUAUUGGAACAGGAGCAGUGCAACCUUGUCUUCGUGUGUUUGGAGGAGAUCAGUUUCAAGCAAAUCAGAAAAUAGAAUUACGCAGAUUUUUUUCUCAUUAUUCUAUUUCCUUGAGAUUGGGGAUGAUGCUAUCCAUGAUCCUAGUCCCUAUUUUUAGAGCUAAGAUUCAUUGUUUUGAAGAGUCGACGUGCUACCCUUUAGCUUUUGGUUUUAAUUUAGUUAUACUUACACUUACUUUAGUUAUUUUUUUAAUUGGAUAUCCCACUUAUAAAAUUAAUCCCAUUUCUGGAAGUGUAUU